AGGAAGGGGGGGAGCUGCCAGUGAUUGAGCUGGCAAACACCGGUAAACACCAAAACAUUUUUGUGGUGGCAGGCUUCCCCAACAGAGAGGUCCAACAGCGAUUCACACAUCGAUCGAGAGAGCCCAUUUUACUCGCUCACCAACAAUAGGCUAUGAAAGGCCCAACCCUCCAACGUAAGCACUCUCAAUUUUUAUUAGCUACUACUACUACUUCGAGUAACCAAUCACCCUACCAUGGCACCAAGGCACGCAGAGAUGAUGGACAGACACAGCAUUCGAGAUGGCUCCACUACAUUAUUUGAAGAGUCUUUCGGAGUAGAUGAAGCCUUUGAUCCCUUUGAUACGACCGACCACGAGGAGGAGGAUUUUGGAGAGUCCUUUGCGAACGAUUUUGACGAUGUGGAAUUUCCCGAAAAGGCCGAUGCGGAGCCGUCUCGAAAAUCCUCCAAGACACCUCGCUCUCGCUCUCGAAGACCGAGCAGUCGAAGAACCAUGGAAGAGGGCAGUCGACGCGACAGUGCUCGUCGUUUGGGCGACAGCAGUCAUCGACUGGGCGACAGUAGUCGUCGGCUUGGAGAAAGCGGCCGCCGCGACAGCUCGAGGCGUUUGGGAGAAAGUACCCGCCGAGACAGCUCGAGACGAUUGGGAGACAGUUCGAGCCGAUUGGAUGAAAGUACCCACAAACAACAACCACUGGAUGGGAGUCUGAGCCGCAUUCCCGAUGGACCCCGAAGAAGAGCACGAAAUGGCCAGAAUUCUCAACAGGCGCGCGCCACAAAACCGACCAGAGGACCUUCGUUUCCCAAGAACACCGCUCGACGAUGCAGCAGCAGCACAGCCCUGGAAAAACAAUCCUCUGGGCGAACAAUGGAUGGCAGCUCUCGACGGCGAGGAUCCACCACUACCACAGAACUCUCUCCUCGCGGAGAACGAGGUCUCAGAUCCAAAAACCGUCGUUCGAUUACAUUGGACAACUCGGAUUGUCCAAUAUCUCCAGCCACUGGUGGCACAAGCAGCACUCGACGAUCUUCCGUUACCAGUGCUAGUAGCAGACAACUCUCCCCCAAAGACCGAAUGUCAUCGCGUCGUGCCACCCUGGGCAACUCGGAUGCCCGGCUGCGCAUCCGCAAAGCAGCCGCACUGCAACGAGAACGAGAACAGAGAGAACAAGAAGAAGCCAAAAUGAAGGCGCAAAAGGCCAAAUUGGAAAAGCAAAAACAAAAAACAAACGAUUUAUUAGGUCGCAAAUUGGCCAAUUUGGAUGCCAUGGGCAGCGCUCAUGGAGCUGAUCAUGAACCACUCAAUGGAGAUGGCAAGUCCGUGUCUUCCAAGAACAAUCGAGCCGAACUGAACUCCAGUAUGCAUUCCGCCGGGACUCGUGGUGGUACGGCCGAGCAACGACGGCGCCACCGACGCACGCAUUUAUCACACAAUAUACUGGUGCGAAACAUGAAUCAGCUCGCUGCAUCCUCCAUGCAUCACGACAGUAGCGAGUUUGGAGGAGAUGAGACGGAACACACAUUGGAUGAAAUUACAGAAGAAACAGAAGAAAUGUCCGUCUCGUCUGCGGAGCUUGCUGCGAAGAAAGCCGCAUGGCAACGACGAAGGGAACGACAGCAUCGAGGUUAAACGAUUCAGCUGUCUUUCAUACGAACGCUAAUGAACCGAUGCACGAGCCGCCAAGAUCACUUUCUUCCUUCCUCCGACCCUUAUAUUCUUAUAUUCACCCCUCCAAACACAAUCAGACUUCCUUUCGGAUGGAUAUUGCAGCAAGUUCUUUUAAUUACAAUAAUUAUCAUGCCUUUU